AUGCUCAGAAAGCUGCACUCCAUCUUCAGCUCCAGCCCGCAAAGGAAGGCGGAGGUGGCCGACAGUUCCUACUACCAGGGAGCCGGCCCCACGGUGCGGCUGAUCCGCAGCAGCUCCAUGUAUGUGGUUGGGGACCACGGGGAGAAAUUCAGUGAGUCCUUAAAGAAAUACAAAAGCACCAGCAGCAUGGACACCAGCCUGUACUACCUGCAGCAGGAAGGCGACCGGGCGUGGAUGUACUCACGCACCCAGGACUGUCUGCAGUACCUGCAGGAGCUGCUGGCCUUGCGGAAAAAAUACCUGAGCAGUCUCAACGACCUGAAGCCCAAGCGCGCCCAGGGCUUCUCCUCCACCUCCUCCAAGUCCUCCAAGGGAGGAAAAAAGGCCUUUGGCCAGUCAGGCUCCAAAGAAAUCAAGAAAGCGACCCCCAAGACAUGCUCGCAGUUCAGCGCCGAUGUGGCCGAGGCCAUCAUCUUCUUCGACUCCAUCAUCGCAGAGCUGGACACAGAGAAGCGGCCGCGCGCUGCUGAGACAGACCCCCCGAAUGAGGACGUGGACUUUGAUGUGGCCACCAGCUCCCGGGAGCACAGCUUGCACUCCAACUGGAUCCUGCGGGUGCCGCGCCGGCACUCUGAGGACAUGGCCGUGCACGCCGUGCACACGACAGAUGGCCAGUUUCGAAGAAGCAUGGAGCGCAGGACCAUUGGCACUCAGAGGAGACUGGAGAGGCACCCCAUUUACUUGCCCAAGGCUGUGGAAGGGGCAUUCAGCACCUUGAAAUUUAAGCCCAAAGCCUGCAAAAAAGACCUGGGGAGCUCCCGACGGAUCCUCUUCAACGUCUCCAGAGAAGACAUGGAAUGGGAUGAGGAGCUCUUUGCGCUGGAGCCGCUGGCAGCUCCCGGGGAGGACUACUUCGAGACGGAAAACCCCAAAGGGCAGUGGCUGCUUCGGGAGCGACUCUGGGAGCGGACAGUACCCUGA